GCGAACGUGUGAGGAUUUGUAGAUCAUACAGAUGGUAAGGAAGUUGUUUGAAUCCAUACUGCUCGCGUGUCACGGGAUGAUGUAACGAUCUGCAGAAGUCGUCUGCCUGUUUUCCAGAAGAAAAGCGUCGCUAGCGCAUCGGCUCAGAUUUACCGAUGUUGAGUUGGCAUUUUGGGUGAAACCCCCAAAAGAAGCUCGAACACAGCUGUAGAUGUUCUGCAGUGUCCAGAUUCAUAAAGCAGCAUGACACUCCGGAGAGUGAACGUGGUGAUUCUUGUCCUGCUCUCGAUCGCCUUUUUAAUUAUCAUUCACCGAAACCUGCUGAAUCUCAGUGACUUCCUAAAGCAAGACGGUUCAGAUGCAGCUCCGGGCGCGAUCCUGCCGUUCGAAAACGGAUUUUUCGCGGAGCGUAAAGCCCGGACCGGGGAGGAGAUCCCCGUGGUGAUCACAGCUGCCGAGGAGAGACUCGGCGCCGCUGUCGCCGCCAUGAACAGCAUCAACCGAAACAGCAAAGCCAACGUGGUCUUUAGCAUCGUGACACUCAACGAGUCUGUGGAACAUCUCCGGGCUUGGUUGAGCGGAACAAACAUCAAGCACAAAAUCAUCACGUUUGAGCCGAAAAUCCUGGAGGGAAAGGUUUCGUCCAAUCCACAAAAAGCAGAUUCGGAAAAACCGCUCACUUUCGCCAGGUUCUACAUGCCAAACUUCUUACCUGACACAGAGAAAGCCAUUUACCUGGAUGAUGAUAUUAUCGUUCAAGGAGAUAUCCAGGAACUUUUUGAGAUGAGUCUGAAGCCUGGCCAUGCUGCAGCUUUUUCAGAAGAUUGCGACUCGGCUACUUCUAAAGGCAUCAUCAGAGGAGCAGGAAGCCAGAACAGUUACAUUGGCUUUUUGGACUUCAAAAAGGAAGCAGUGAGGAAGCUGGGAAUGCGAGCAAACACAUGCUCUUUCAAUCCUGGAGUCAUUGUGGCCAACUUAACUGAAUGGAAACACCAAAACAUCACCCAGCAGCUCGAAAUAUGGAUGGAGCGCAACGUGAAGGAUGGGUUUUACAGCAACAUGCUGGCAGACAGCUUCACUACACCCCCACUACUCAUUGUGUUCUACAAGCGCCACUCCAGCAUCGAGCCCAUGUGGCAUGUCCGACAUCUUGGGGCCACCGGAGCUGGAAAUCGCUACUCCCCACAGUUCAUCAGUGCAGCGAAACUCCUCCACUGGAACGGACAUUAUAAGCCGUGGGGCAGAGUCUCGUCGUACCCCGAUGUUUGGGACAAGUGGUACAUUCCAGAUCCGACCGGUAAAUUCCAUCCAAUCAGAAGACACUCUGGAGACAAAUAAAGACUUGAAGCUGAAUUAUCCUAACAUUUUGCACAAAUAUUUGGGUUCUCUAGAACUUGGUGUCCUGAACACCAUUUCGCAAUGCUACAGCUCCUAAAUUACACGGAAACGAUGUUACGACUACCCGUCGCUGCUUUUCCAGUUACAUCAAUUUUGCCUGAAAUUCUGUAUCUUUUUUUUUUUUUUUUUUAUAGUUUCCUGACUCAAAGGGGGUAUAAACUUCUUUCCAUUGGCAGCAUGCACUGUAUAGGUGAAGCAACGGACUUGCCAGUUUGACUUGAAAACUAGUUAACACUAAAAAUUAGGUAUUAAAGUAACAAUGUAUAAAUGGAAAUUUAAAACAAAAAAAUCGGACUGUGUAUUUAAUUUCUCCUGUUUGAAUUUUCAGGGACAUUUAAGGUGACUUAACAUUUAAUACCUGUGCUAAUUAAGUAUGAAAACGGCCAUCGAGACGGCGACAUUGAUGAUGCCGUCUCAGAACAAAUGUAAACGGUAUAUGUUUAAACAUUACACUCCACCAACACCAGGUCCAAGCUUGUCAUAAUUAACAUCAUGCUUAAGACAGAAUCACUAAAAUGCUACCUCAGUUCUUACUGCCUACAUUCGAAAGGUCCAGCAUUUUUCCAGGUUACUUUCUUUUUACUCCUUUGUGUUGGGCAAACAGGUUUGGUAGUCCACUGACACUAAAUACCUUUUUUUCACCCAUGUAUUAAAGAGAACCACUUAAUUUUAAUUUCCACAAGUAUUAUUUUAAAACAUGUUUCUUUUCUUCUU